UCAAAGUAGUAUUUCUUUUGUUCCACACAGGAGGAGAACAGAAGAGUCAUACCGCCAUAGGAUACAGCUAGAGAGUCGUUCGCAUUCCACAUGAAGAAUCAUUUCUUUUUUCUCAAAAGUCUUCUCUUCUAGAAGACGAGCUCUUCCAUUUCUUCCUCUCCGCUCCUCUUUCCAUCUGCAUCUCUCUCUGAAGUUUCAACAAGUUCUUGAGAAUCAUGUUCCGGAGGAAGCAUAAUUCUCAUGGUAAACAGGACCAUCACGCCGAGAACCAAGAGGAAAAAAUUGAAGAGCUGAGAGCUGAAAUAGGCCCCCUGGAAGGCCGCAGUCUGAAAUACUGCACCGAUGAAUGCCUGAGAAGAUACCUGGUGGCUCGGAAAUGGGACGUCGCCAAAUCCAAGAAGAUGUUGGAAGAAACUGUCGAGUGGAGAUCCAGCUACAAGCCGGAGGAAAUCCGAUGGCGUGAAGUCGCAGAGGAAGGCGAAACGGGCAAAGCCUACCGCGCCGACUUCCAUGAUCGCGAGGGGAGGACCGUCAUCGUCAUGCGACCAGCCAAGCAGAACACGAGCUCGCAGGAGAAUCAACUGAGGCACCUGGUGUACCUCCUGGAGAACGCCAUCAUCAACUUGCCGGAGAAGCAGGAGGAUAUGAUGUGGCUGAUCGACUUCACGGGGUGGUCGCUGAGCAACGCGGUGCCGAUCAAGCAGGCGAGGGAGAUCGCAAACAUUCUCCAGAACCAUUACCCUGAGCGCCUCGGCUUUGCCUUCUUGUACAAUCCCCCGAGAAUCUUUGAAGCCUUUUGGAAGGUGGUGAAGUACUUCCUGGAUCCGAAGACCUUCCAGAAGGUGAAGUUCGUGUACCCCAAGAACCAGGAGAGCAUGGAAGUGAUGAGCGAGUUCUUCGAUCUAGACGUCCUGACGGCGGAGUUCGGGGGGAGGAACAAAACGGAGUACGAGCACGAGGCGUUCUCCAAGAUGAUGGAAGAAGACGACGUGAAGACGGCCAGGUUUUGGGAUUUGCAGCAGCAGGCUUCGACUGCAGUUUGACUUGUUAAUUUAAUGGUAAAGGAGGCUCGAUGAACACUGCUCGUUCAUGUCGUCUCUCUUGUUUUGUUUGUUUUCCAUCGAAUGAGCUGUUGCGUUAGAGUAAGAACUAAAUUCUAGUUGAAAAAUCUCAAAUAAUUUUAAUUUGAUUAUAAUAGCACAAAGGUGAUUACAUUCAUAUC